AUGCCCGUCCCUGUCAACACUGGCCAGGUCGGCCCGUCCAACGCUGACAAGCUCAAGAUGGGCGCCAUGAUGGGCGGAACUGUUGGUGUGAUCAUUGGCUUCAUCUUCGGCACCGUCAACAUUUUCCGAUACGGGGCUGGACCUAACGGCAUCAUGAGGACACUGGGUCAAUACAUGGCAGCUUCGGGAGCCACGUUCGGCUUGCUAACCUCUCUUCCCCACUACAGCUUCUUUAUGUCUAUCGGCAGCGUGAUCCGUUCCGAUGCCUCCCCCAUAGUCCAAGAGGCUUACGCCUACUCCCGACGCCGGCCCUUCAUCAUGGCCGCACACCAGGCCUACCGCCCCGAAAACAUGCGACGCCGUGACGACUAA